AUGAUUGCUCUGUCCGCCACCCUUCUCGGCGUCGUUCGCCACGAUCCGAGAGAGCGGGUGGCGCUCCCCGAACGUGUGGUGCUCGCAGCAAGCAGCGGAGCGCUGCAAACUCUCGACCUCGAGCUGUCGUGGGACCCUCGGCUUGCUUUUGCCCAUGAUGCAGAGGGCUACCAGCUCCUCCACCACGCGGCCGACAAGGUGCGGCCCGAAAUCUGCCGCUUGCUCCUGGCGCGCGGGGCCGAUGUCGACGCAAGGACUGCCGACACCGGCCUCACGCCUCUCAUCUUCGCGGUGAACCGUCUCGACGUUGACAAACGGGGCAGGCAAGCUAUCGACUACGCGCGCGAGAAUGGGCACCGCGACCUCGCCGCCUUCCUCGACAAGGGGGACAGCGCUAGCUACUCCACCUGGUUUCUCACCGCCGCAGUGCUCGCCGCGUCGUUUGCUGCGGCGAGGCUGCCCCUGGCUGCCGCGGCGCCGGGCGUCGGCUGCUUGCCGCACGAGUCGGCCCCCGCGCCAGAGGCCACCCUCCCACUAGAGGCGGCUCCUCCAGCUGCCGCCGCCCACGCUGUGCCGCUGCAGCAGCAGCAGGAUGAGAAGCAAGCAGCUUCGCUCCAAGCCGUGCCGCUGGGGGCCGCCGCCGAUGCCCUCCAACAACCGGAGUGCAUCGUCUGCUGGGACGCGCCAGCGACGCACAUCUUUGUCCCGUGCGGACACCAGUGCGUGUGCGAGCGGUGCGGCGCCAAGCUUGAGAGGUGUCCCAAGUGCCGCGUCGUGCCGACGGCGAUGAUGCGAGUAUUCCACUAAGGAGGAGCUGGCGAGCGGGCUUCGCAGGCUUGCGAGGGGGAGCGCUGAAGGCGCAGACAACGAAGCCGCACGACAACACGACUCAGCAUACGUGCAUGUCUGGCCCGGGAAGGGUCCGGGGGGGUCGUGAGCGAGGGAUUGUCACACCAUGUACAAUGUGCCAUACGUGUACCAGGACCAUCUGUGUUUACCAGCCUGUCCGUGUACCAGUGUGUGUGACCGAGCAUACCGGUGUGUGCGCGGAGCAAGAG